GGUGGGGGCUGUGUCACCGCUCUCUAGUCAGAGGCACUGGUAGAGUGUUAAGAAAUACCUCAGUUCUGGUUUAGUUUAACCACCAACUCUGUUACUGCGGGCAGGUCCCGUUAUCCUUCAGAAUGUCAGCACCUGCCGCUCAAACCCGAGAAUAACAACUGUGGGCAUUGCACAGUGCUGAUCUGAGGAUGAAGGCAAGCGAACGGUUGAACACAGAGCCUGGUACGGAGUAAGCGGUCAAUAAGUACGCGCUAUUGGUAUCCCCAGGACGUCAGGGAGUCCGGCCACGAGAGCCAGGGAGCAGCGGGCAGCCAGCCUCCUGAGGCGCGAUCGCGGUCUCAGCAACCCCCACCCCCGCCCGCCCCAGCGGACCGGGCCCGGAGCUCCGGGCGCGGCUGCCGUCGUCGGUGCAGGACUGGGGCCCGGCGGAGGAUCUACCAAGGCCAUGUCUGUUCCAUCAUCCCUGAGCCAGUCGGCCAUUAAUGCUAACAGCCACGGAGGCCCUGCUCUCAGCUUCCCCCUGCCCCUGCACGCUGCCCAUAACCAACUGCUCAACGCGAAGCUGCAAGCCACAGCUGUGGUACCCAAGGACCUUCGCAGUGCUAUGGGGGAGGGCAGUGUGCCUGAACCAGGCCCUGCCAAUGCCAAGUGGUUAAAGGAAGGCCAGAACCAGCUUCGGAGGGCUGCCACAGCCCACCGAGACCAGAACCGAAAUGUGACCUUGACCUUGGCAGAGGAGGCCAGCCAGGAGGCUGAGACAGCACCUUUGGGUCCCAAAGGCUUGAUGCAUCUAUACUCUGAGCUGGAGCUCUCCGCCCACAAUGCAGCCAACCGAGGGCUUUGUGGCUCAGGCUUGAUCAUCAACACCCAGGAGCAGGGACCAGAUGAAGGAGAGGAGAAGGCAGCAGGAGAAGCUGAGGAGGAUGAUGAAGACGAGGAAGAAGAGGAUGAUGAGGAAGACUUGUCUUCUCCUCCAGGGCCGCCUGAGCCUCUGGAAAAUGUGCAAGUCCCCUCUGGGCCCCAGGCCCUCACAGACGGCCCCCGGGAACAUAGCAAGAGUGCUAGCCUCCUAUUUGGCAUGCGGAACAGUGCAGCCAGUGACGAGGACUCAAGCUGGGCCACCUUAUCACAGGGCAGCCCCUCCUAUGGCUCCCCGGAGGACACAGAUUCCUUCUGGAACCCCAACGCUUUCGAGACGGAUUCCGAUCUGCCGGCUGGAUGGAUGAGGGUCCAGGACACCUCAGGGACCUACUACUGGCACAUCCCAACAGGGACCACCCAGUGGGAACCCCCAGGCCGGGCCUCCCCCUCACAGGGGAGUAGUCCCCAAGAAGAAUCUCAGCUCACCUGGACUGGCUUUGCUCACCAAGAAGGCUUUGAGGAAGGAGAGUUUUGGAAGGAUGAACCCAAUGAGGAGGCCCCAAUGGAUUUGGGACUGAAGGACCCUGAGGAGGGGACGUUGCCCUUCCCAGCUCAGAGCCUCAGCCCAGAGCCAUUGCCCCAAGAGGAGGAGAAGCUGCCCCAACGAAACACCAACCCAGGAGUCAAGUGCUUCGCAGUGCGCUCUCUAGGCUGGGUAGAGAUGACGGAGGAGGAGCUGGCCCCGGGUCGCAGCAGCGUGGCCGUCAACAACUGUAUCCGUCAGCUCUCCUACCACAAAAACAACCUCCAUGACCCAAUGUCUGGGGGCUGGGGAGAGGGGAAGGAUCUGCUGCUCCAGCUGGAGGAUGAGACCCUAAAGCUGGUGGAGCCACAGAGCCAGGCACUGCUGCAUGUCCAGCCCAUCGUCAGCAUUCGUGUAUGGGGCGUUGGGCGGGACAGUGGAAGGGACUUUGCCUACGUAGCUCGAGAUAAACUGACCCAGAUGCUCAAGUGCCACGUGUUUCGCUGUGAGGCACCUGCCAAGAACAUCGCCACCAGCCUGCAUGAGAUCUGCUCCAAGAUCAUGUCUGAACGGCGCAGUGCUCGCUGCUUGGUAAAUGGACUCUCCCUGGACCACUCUAAACUUGUGGAUGUCCCUUUUCAAGUGGAAUUUCCAGCACCUAAGAAUGAGCUGGUGCAGAAGUUCCAAGUCUAUUACCUGGGGAACGUGCCUGUCGCCAAACCUGUUGGGGUAGAUGUGAUUAACGGGGCCCUUGAGUCAGUCCUGUCCUCCAGUAGCCGUGAGCAGUGGACCCCAAGUCACGUCAGCGUGGCCCCUGCUACCCUCACCAUCUUGCACCAGCAGACUGAAGCAGUGCUGGGGGAGUGCCGGGUGCGGUUCCUCUCCUUCCUGGCUGUGGGCAGAGACGUGCACACCUUCGCAUUCAUCAUGGCUGCCGGCCCAGCCUCCUUCUGCUGUCACAUGUUCUGGUGCGAGCCCAAUGCUGCCAGCCUCUCAGAGGCUGUGCAGGCUGCAUGCAUGCUCCGCUACCAGAAGUGUCUGGAUGCCCGUUCCCAGACCUCCACCUCCUGCCUCCCAGCACCCCCUGCGGAGUCAGUUGCAAGACGUGUAGGGUGGACUGUCCGCAGGGGUGUUCAGUCACUGUGGGGUUCCCUCAAGCCCAAACGUCUAGGAUCCCAGACCCCAUGAAGAACUCCCAUCCUCCCUCCACCUGCUUGUGUUGGGCCCCAGGGAACUCAAGGGUUUGGGGCAGGUAGGGGCUCUGAAUGCUGUUCCUAAUACCUCAUGUUCCCUGGGCUGACCCGCCAGUAGCUGGGGUUCCUUACCAAGGGGCUGGGAGAGAGAAAUUGAAUUCCUUCACAGAAGUCACACUGGACUGAUGACAUGAGGGGCUGGAAGCAUCUCAUCCCCAGUGUUUGAGGUGGAGCAGGAGGAAUCGGUCCAAGCCAGGCCCCAUCCUCAAAGGCCCAGCAGGGGCAGGAGGGGACUGGUCUCGGCAUGGAUCCCCUCCCCACUGUCCUGCGGGCACCUCCCGCUGUACUGAUAUCACUAAUAAAGUUUGUCUGCGCUGC